CACCAAACAUUUUCGGCCCAAACAGAGAGAGAGAGAGAGAGAGAGAGAGAGAGAGAGCGCAAAUAAUCAAGUAGAGAACUGAGCAGCAAUGGCGUACUUCACCGCACGGCGCAAUCUAGCAUCACUCCUCACCCGAACCCUUUCUUCUUCUUCUUCUUCUUCACUCUCCUCUCGUUCUCGCUUUGCUCUCACAACCCUCCUCAAUACCCAACUCCAGCUCGCCCCGGCCUGGUCCAAAACGAACCAGACCCGACCCAAAACUUCCGGGGCGGGCUACUCGCCCCUCAACGACCCGUCUCCGAACUGGAGUAACCGCCCACCCAAGGAGACGAUCCUCCUCGAUGGCUGCGAUUACGAGCACUGGCUCAUUGUACUGGAGUUCCCCACUGACCCUAAACCCUCCGAGGACGAAAUGGUCAAUUCUUACAUCAAAACCUUAGCCACUGUUCUCGGAAGUGAAGAGGAGGCGAAAAAGAAGAUAUACUCAGUUUGUACGACCACCUAUACUGGAUUUGGUGCAUUGAUUUCCGAGGAGCUUUCUUAUAAAGUUAAAGGGUUACCUGGUGUGCUCUGGGUGUUGCCGGAUUCGUAUCUUGAUGUGCCCAACAAAGAUUAUGGAGGGGAUCUGUUUAUCGAUGGGAAAGUCAUACAUAGACCACAAUAUACUUCUGAUAUGAGACAGCAAGCAACUAGGAACAGGCCUCGCCCACGGUAUGAUAGGCGCCGGGAAACAAUGCAGGUUCAGCGGAGAGAGAUGCACAGACCUAACAUGGCCAAUCCCGGAGUGCCUACACAGCAACCAACAUCAAUGGAUAGUCAGAAUUCAGCUAGAGUAGAGGGAGGAACUUCUCAAUGAACAGCGGCAAUAUUAACAGGGGCAAUCCUUGGUAAUUCAUAUAUUUGGAAUUUUUAGAAUAUUGAAUCAAAGUUUGAUGUUGUAUUUCUUAUUUGAUGCAUAAUGACUGGGUUCCCCAUGUUCCAUGUCAACUUAUGCAUAUUAUCCAGCAUCUUUAUGAAGACAACAAAUGUGAAUAUAUUGUAGGAAUGCGCUCCCCUUCUUACGACUUCUACAAAUAGAGUGUGUUAUUCAGCAACACUGAUCAUGUACUCCUGGUCAUAAACCUCUUUUCCUUUUUUGAUCAUAAUAAUGGUUCUCUAUUUUUUUUUUC